GCCAGUAAUCCACAGAAGAAGACAGGCACGAGGCGCUAGCUGGUUAGCAGGCUAGCAGCGUUAGCUUGUUUAUAGAGGACGGUGGUGUUUUGUUGGGACGUUUGUGAGGUUUUUGGACAGAAAGGACGAUACGUGGUUCGUGUGGGAACUCUCAGCAUUUUCCAAAGUGUCGUAAAUGAGUGAAGAAGUGUUGAACGGAAAGACAACGUGGAUUGCUGUGAUUGUGAGACUAGCAGAUGAUCGAUCGGAGCUGCAGUGAAGAGGACGGCGGUGUUUGUGGGAGUUGGAGCUGAAGAUCGGAGCAGGAACCAUGUCUUCAGAACCUCAGGAAGGUUCUGUCAGAGAACAACUUUCUGCUGCUGAAGGAACCAUCGUCCAGAACGAGGAGGAGCUCUGUCGUCAGCGCAGACUGCUGGAAAUCAGGAAAAAACAGCUUCAGCUCCGCGUCAUAGUUGUCCCCCAGCAUGUAACUGAAGAGGAAGAUCUCGGCAACCAGCCAUGGAACCUUAAAGUGGAACAGGAGGAACCAGAACCUUUACAGAUUAAAGAGGAACAAGAGGAAGAAGAUCUUCCACAGACUGAAGAGGAACAAGAGGAAGAAGAUCUUCCACAGACUGAAGAGGAACAAGGGAAAGCAAAACUUCCACAGAUUAAAAAGGAACUAGAAGAUCAAGAACCUCCACAGAUUAAAGAAGAGCAAGAAGGGUUCUGCAUUAGUCUGGAUGAGGAGCAGCUCUAUCUGAAACAGGAGACUGAUACCAUGAUGGGGAUUCCAACUUAUGAAGAAAAUGAUCUCAGUGAAACAGAAAUAAGCAAUCAGCAGAGCUUUAAUGUAACUGAUAGUCAGGAUGAAGAAAGAAGCCAACAUGGCGAAUCAACAUCAAGUGCAGAUGAAGAGACAGACCCACAAAACGAAGAUCAGAUGGAGAGAAGAGACAGAAUUUAUGUCCAAAAUGAUGUCAGUCCUCACAUGUCAGAAAGUCAGUGUGACUUUGAUGUUAGAAAAAGCUUCAAGAUGGCAACUUUGGUUGAGAAACGCAAACAAUCUCCAAACAAAAAGAGACUUUCCUCUGUAAAGUCUGGUGAAAGCUCACAGAUUGUUAGUAAUCUCUUUGUCUACGCAAAAACUGAUUCUGAUGAUACACUUUAUAUCUGUACCGAAUGCGGUAAAAGUUUUGGUGACUGGCCCCAGUUCAGACUUCACAUGAAAACUCACACAGGAGAGAAGCCUUUUACGUGUAAAGAAUGUAGUAGAAGUUGUAGUGAUGCAUAUGAUCUCAAAAGACACAUGAGAACUCAUACAGGUGAGAAGCCUUAUUCUUGUAAAGAAUGUGAAAAAUGUUUUAGUCAAAUAUCUAGUCUCAAAUCACACAUGAGAACUCACACAGGAGAAAAGCCUUUUUCGUGUAAAGAAUGCGAUGCGAGUUUUAGUCGUGUAUCUAAUCUCAAAACACACAUGAGAACUCACACAGGAGAAAAGCCUUUUUCGUGUAAAGAAUGUGAUAAAAGUUUUAGUCAUAUAUCUAGUCUCAGAUCACAUAUGAGGACUCACACAGGAGAGAAGCCUUUUACUUGUAAAGAAUGUGAUCAAAGUUUCAGCGAAAUAUCUCAUCUUAAAAGACACAUGAGAACUCACACAGGCGAGAAGCCCUUUUCUUGUAAAGAAUGUGGUGCCAGUUUUAGUCGUGUCUCUAAUCUUAACAGACAUGCGAGAACUCAUACAUGAGAGAAGGCGUUUUGUUUUCAAACCAUUGAAGGAUUUAGUGUAAACUCUUAACUCAAGGAAAUUUACAGCAGACAACCUGUGAGGUAAAAGACAUUUGGGUUUUGCAUAGGAAGGGAAAAGAAUUGUGAAAAGUAACAUUUUUCUCCCAUUAACCCUUGUGCUAUCUUAGAUGACCCCACCCUUACAUUGACGUGUUCUCCCUACCAUGACAAAGAUGGAUAAAGGUG